AAAUAAGUUGACUGUUGGUCAACCGUCUAAAGAACCGAAUGUAAAGUUGAAUUGAUUUUUAUUAAAAGGAUAAACAUAUGCACGAUCUUAAUUGUUGAAUUAUUAUGUUUAUUCUUGUGCUACAAUGGAGUGCCACUCAGCGUCAAUGCUGAGCGGAUAGCGUUGUUUUCCUUUUUGCUGUCCGUAGCCAUCAAAUUGGUGCUUUCAUUGAGAGGAGAGGAACAUACUCGUAGGAUAACUCCCGAACGCGAGAAUGGUGCAAACAAGGAGCAACGUCCCUACCACCAGCCACGUCAUUGGCGAGGAGAACGCGCCGGGCAGCGGCAACGGCACGGGAGGUAUCGGCUCGACUCCGGACGCGGUCCAAGCGCUGUUCGGCUUGGGGGUGACCGCGGAGCAGCUCCAGAGAAGUAGGAGGCCCGGCAAGGCCCCGGCGAUCGAGGAGGUGAUUGUGGAGGACGUCCUGGAUGAGGAGGACGAUGAGUCCAGCGAGUGCCGAGUGUCAGCCUUCAGGCGCUUAGGAGGGGAAGAGAUCCGGGUGUCGGCCUUCGACAGGCUCGACCGCGGACCGGAAGUUCGCCCGGGCGACCUCCGCCGACAAAUAGCCGAAGGCAGGCGGAGGCAUGCUGAGGAGUCCGCAACAUCGGAUGCUCGCUCGGCGAGGUCCGAGCGGAGCGGAGAGAGGCGGGAGGAGCGCACCCAGCGUCGCCAUAGCCCGACGAGAACUGAGAAGACAAAGGUCUCUGACCAAGGAGUAUCUCGGCUCGUACGUGAGAUUGCCGAGCUUAAGCGCCGAGUGGAGACCAGGGCUCCCUACAGCCAACCUAUCUUGCGGACGAGGCUCCCUUACUCCCACCUGCUCAACAUAUGCAUCCGCAAGGGAGAGAAGGUCCGCGACUUCAUAGUCUGGUGGGAAAAGGAAGCCAGAGACGUGCAUGGGGCGGAUGACCAAGCGUUGGUGGCCAUGUUCCAAGCAGCCCUUCCCCGCGGAGAAGUGAGGAAGGAGCUUCGCAAGAAUCCUCCCCCCACGUACCAAGAGACCUUGGCGCGCGCUAAGUUCCUAGCCUUGGAGGAGUUCGAUGAUGCUCCCGACUCUGAGGCCGCGCCCGCCAAGCGAGCUCCCGCAGACUCCGGAGAGGCCGCGAAGAAGAGGAAGAAGAAGAAAGAUUACACCGCGGGCCCGAGGACGCCUUCGGCUGGUGUGUACUCCGUGGGUGCGCCCGUGGGGACGGGUCGAGAGCUUGCCCUCUCCUCGCUCCCGCACGUAGAAACCUAUGCGGUGUCCUGCGGUGCCAAGUAUUGCGAGUAUCAUCGCAACAACACUCAUAACACUAAGGAAUGCUUCACUCUCCAGAAGGAGAUGCAGAGACUCAUCGCCCGAGGGCCGCCUCCCCGAGAUGAUGGAGCAGCCCCAUCUCGGGGGCCACCAGAAGGAAGAACUUGGAGAAAGCCGGCCGAACCGGUCGCGGUGGCCACGCAAGCAAGGAACCCCGAGAAGAGGCACAUUGGGCGAGAGAAGAGGUGGAAGCACAUGGCCUUCGUCGCCAAAGUCCAUCAGGCGCCGGCGCCCAAGCACGGAAGACGUGAGCAAAUCCAAUUCACGGAGAAGGAUCUUCCGAACACGCCGAGCCCCCACCGGGAUGCCUUGGUCGUGAAGCUAGAGAUUAACAAUGCCAUAGUGCACCGCACCUUGGUGGACACGGGAAGCUCGGUCAACAUAAUGUAUGAGAAGACCUUCCAAGACCUCGGCUUGGACCGCAAGGACUUAAGGCCUGUGCGCACUCCACUCUCCGGGUUCACAGGGGACUCCAUCGAGGCCGAAAGAGUCAUCGCCAUGCCCGUGAUAGUAGGGGAUGGUGCGCACAAGGCCAAGCUGAAGAUGGAGUUCAUGGUUGUAAGCAUCAACUGCGCGCACAACAUGAUCCUAGGACGGUCCGGCCUUGAGGACUUGGAAUGUGUGAUCUCCCCAUACUACUUGUGCAUGAAGUUUCCCACUCCUUCGGGAACCGGGGUGGCGAGGGGAGACCAAAAGUUAGCUCGAUCGUGCUACGUCCGUAUCACGAAGAAAUUGCCAAGGGAUGAGACGUUGGUCGUGCACGCACAGGAGGAAAUGCGGAAGCUGGAAGCACGACCGAAGGCUGAGCCCACCGAGGAGGUCGAGGAAGUGCCGCUCGACCCUCAGACACCCGAGCGGAAGGUGAAGGUCAGGGCGAGCCUAACUGGGAGCCAGCGGAAGCGCUUGGUGGGCGUGCUCUCUGCCUACCGCAUGAUCUUUGCGUGGGGCCCCGGGGAUAUGCCGGGGGUGGAUCCCAAGGUCAUAUGUCACCGCUUGGCAGUCAAUCCGGAGGCUAGGCCGGUGAAGCAGAAGAAGCGGUUCCUCUCUCAUUCCAUGAACCUGCGCUAUAUCCUCGAGAGCCAAAAACUCUCCGGGGAAAACUUUCUUGACUGGGAGAAGAACCUCCGAAUCGUUCUUAACUGUGAGAGGAAACUCAACAUCCUCGAAACGAAUCCUCCCAAGACCCCUGAGGAAAAUGCUCGUGCGUCCGAAUGCACUUCUUUCAAGAAGUAUGAGGACGACGCGCGAGAUGUUAAGUGUAUCAUUAUGGCCAGUAUGACCACGGAGCUCCAAAGGCUCCGCGUGGACAUGGAAGCGCGUCCUAUGAUACAACGCUUGAGAGACCUAUACCUGGGUCAACCCAAAAACUCAGAAUCUGCAUGAAGUUAGACAUUUGGUUGAGGGAGAAGUCCAGCUUAAGGUCGAAAAUGGAGCACUUGUCAAUGCGCUGGCUGUAGGAACUUAUGUUCUAU